CUAGCUGUGCUGUUGGGUAUGACGGUUGCUCCAAUAUGCUUGCAGGUUGCAAGCGCUUUUUGUCUAGACUAGCCUUCCUGACUCAUGCCUCUUCGUUGUGUGCCUCUGUUGAUUACGAUGAGGCCUCAUUCAAGCAGCAGAUACGGUCGCAGCCGUUCUGGUUCUUUCAUUUCGCUUCUAUCAUGCGUCUCACUGCCGCUUUGGCUGCUACCAGUCUUUUCUCAGCGAAUUGUUUUGUACUUAAUAGAUUUUCUAGAUCACUAGUCGAAGUCCAUCUCGAAGAUUGUCAGCCUAGGAGGUCGAAAGACUUCACGCCAACCACUACUGACAUUGCCAUGGUCCGACUAGUAUUGUCACCGACAACGCUGAGACCGCAACUGGGUGCCGCGAGCCUUCGCGUUGAAACUAUAGGCGGAGGAUCCCGUGCGCAAAGCCAAGCCAAGGAUAUCGACCGGGAUAUGAGUCUCGAAGAGUGCAAGGUCAGGCUGGAACAUAUUGCUCAUGCUGCUGGAAGGCUCAUUAGACAAUACACCCAGCACUGGAGGCCCAUCGCGGUCAUAGGCAUCGCAAAUAUGGUCACAGGACACGAGUUCAAGCUCGGGUACCGGGCUCAACUGCUGGGAUUGCAGAUAGUUUGCUUGCGAUCAUCGCUACCGACAUCACUAGAAUUGGAAUCUGACCGCACUAGCCGCGAAACAAGAAUGUUUUUUCUCGCCUCGACCCAUUUUGACCUGAAGAAUAUGGAAGUGGAACCCGCCCAACUUCUUACACAAUGUUGGCAUUAGACGGCUAAGACAUCUAUCUAUAACCACCCAUCCUGCCCC